GAUCAAAAAAACGAGAUGGGGCUUAAGAAUAUCAUAGUGGCAAUAUUUCUAAUUGCCAUAACCAUCAUCAUACUGAUUUCUACAGUAUCAGUUAGCAACAACGAAACAGAAACUCAUUUGCAAACGCAAACGCUCGUUACGAAGGAACCUCCUAGGGUGAGUCGUUUCCUAGCGCAAAAGGCGAAGAAAGAUCCUCGCAACGGUAACGCGGCUGAUCAUUGCAACAAGAACGAGGAGAUAUGCAAGAGUCGAGGAUCGUCCAACUCCACAAUGGCUUGUUGUAGUAACACGUGUGCUGAUGUGGCGUAUGAUAACGAUAAUUGUGGCGCAUGUAACAACCAAUGCAAGUUCACGCAGACUUGUUGUGGAGGAGAAUGUGUUUACUUGGCUUAUGAUAAGAGGCAUUGUGGUGAAUGUAACCAUCGUUGUUUGGUUGGUGACUUUUGUGUCUAUGGGUUGUGUAAUUACGCUUGA